GCACGUCGUUCAUCCUUACAACGCAUAUUUGUCGUCUUCUCCUUCUUUUCUCUUUUAAAGCAUCAAACGAUCGACGGUAAACCCCCGUGGUGUAUCCUUGCCGCCACGUCGAAGAUUACUUGAUAUCCUAACCGUAGCAGUGAACUAGUCUUUGCAUCAAAACACAUCUACAAGCAAAAAUCCCUCUCACGUCCUCGACAGCAACAACAGCAGCCGCAUCGAAGAACCGAUAGCAGAAGAGUACAAAUGUCGACCCCGAUUCGUGUGACGGUGGAGGCGCCCAUCAACAUUGCCUUCAUCAAGUACUGGGGUAAGCGCGAGGGCGGCGAGGAGCUGAUCCUCCCUACCAACGACUCCUUCAGCAUCACGCUGUCGACGAAGCCUUUCCGCUCCAAGACGUCGGUGGUGCUGUGUGGCGAUCUGGCUGAGGACGAGCUGUGGUUGAACGGAGUGAAGAGCAACAUCCAGGAGACACCCCGCAUCCAGUCGGUGCUGAAGUGCAUCCGUGCGAACUGCCCGGCGGAGCGGGCGCCCUUGAAGGCGUACAUCGUCUCCGAGAACAACUUCCCCACCGCAGCCGGCAUGGCGUCGUCGGCCAGCGGCUACUGCGCCCUCUCCGCCGCCCUCGUGAAGGCAUUCGACGCGACGGUGGAUGUGUCGAUGUUGGCCCGCCUCGGCUCCGGCAGCGCGUGCCGCAGCGCCUACGGUGGCUUUGUGAUUUGGCACAAGGGCGAGAAGGCCGACGGCACCGACUGCCUUGCAACGCAGUUUGUUGACGAGAAGUACUGGCCCGAGGUGCAGGUGAUGUGUGCGGUGUUGAAGGGGGAGAAGAAGGACGUGUCGAGCACUUCUGGCAUGCAGCAAUCUCUCAAGACGUCGCCCAUGAUGCCGGAACGCAUCGCCACGGUGGUGCCGCAGCGCAUGGCAGCGGUGAAGGAGGCCAUCCAGAAGCGAGACUUCAACGCGUUCGCGGAGAUCGCCAUGAAGGACUCGGAUGAUCUGCAGGAGGUCUGCCGCACGACGGAGCCGCGCAUCCAGUACGCGACGGAGGACAGCUACGCGAUGAUUCGCCUCAUUCGUGCCUUCAACGCCAAGAAGGGCCACAACGUGAUGGCCUACACCUUCGACGCCGGCGCGAACUGUUUUAUGUUCACGCUGCGGAAGGACCUCCCCGAGGUGGUGGCGAUGCUGCGGGCACACUUCCCCACCACGUGGGAGCAAAUGUUUUUCCACGACGCGGCGUUGUUAGACGAGUGCAGGAAGUUCGCGCUGCCUGCCGAGUACGUGGGUCUCAUCGACUACCCUAAAAAGCCGUUUGAGAUGCUGCUGCAGUCGCCAGUUGGACAGGGCGUCGUCUACCUCGACGACUCCGAGUCGCUCAUCCCUCAUCAGGCGUAG